UGCAGCUCGCCUCCUUCUGCCCGCCGCCGUCAAAACAGGCCUCGUGUCCCUUGUCCCUCCUUCUGCUGUGGCCACCCUCUCGCCGUGCCAAAUGCAGGCCAUCGCCCUCCCGGAGGAGAUCUGUUGGCUCCUGGAAGAUGCUGAAGACUUUCUGGCGGAAGGCUUGCAGAACGAGAACCUUAGUCCUGGGGCACAGGAUCAGAGGGACCACAUUCUCCGGGGUUUCCAGCAAAUCAAAUCCAGGUACUGUUGGGAUUUUCAGCCCCAAGGAGACGACCUUGGCCAAGACGGCUCUGAUGAAAAUCUGAGUGGGACACACGGCCCAGCCCUCGCAUCAGAGGCAUCCUUUUGGUCAGAUUAUCAGGAGGAGGGAAUAGACGACAUCAUCAGAGGGGCUCAAGAGCUGGAUAACGUCAUCAAGCAAGGAUACUUGGAGAAGAAAAGCAAAGAUCAUAGCUUCUUUGGGUCGGAGUGGCAGAAGCGAUGGUGUGUUAUCAGCAGAGGGCUCUUCCUCUACUAUGCUAAUGAGAAAAGCAAGCAGCCCAAGGGAACCUUCCUCAUUAAGGGAUACAACGUCCGGAUGGCCCCUCACCUGCGGAAAGACUCCAAGAAAGAGUCCUGCUUUGAACUGACCUCCCAGGAUAGGCGCAGCUAUGAGUUCACAGCUUUUAGUCCAGCUGAAGCCAGAGACUGGGUGGAUCAAAUAAGUUUCUUGUUAAAAGAUCUUAGCUCCUUGACCAUUCCCUUCGAAGAGGAGGAGGAGGAGGAGGAAGAGGAAGAGAAAGAACAGGAAGAAACGUACAAUGACAUUGAUGGCUUUGACUCCGCAAGGUCCGGUUCCCAGGGCAGAGCCAUGGCCUUGCCUGAGCCUCUGGACAAAGAGGAGGACGUUUACGAAGUCCUACCAGAUGAAGAUGAUCUAGAAGCGGACGUACGUGGCGCUCAUCAGCGACGAGUGGACUAUGCCGAUUAUUACCAGGGCCUCUGGGAUUGCCAUGGUGACCAGCCAGAUGAACUGUCCUUCCAACGGGGUGACCUCAUCCGCAUUCUGAGCAAGGAGUACAACAUGUACGGCUGGUGGGUAGGAGAACUGAACAGCAUCAUUGGGAUUGUUCCAAAGGACUACCUCACCACCGCCUUUGAAAUGGAAGGAAGAUGAAGCCCAGGGGACAUAUUCUUCUCUCAAUCCUACUUUGAGGAAGAAACAGACCAUCGGAAAUUCCCACUCCCUGCCGGGGCCAUGGAUUCUUCUCUUCGCUGAAUGGAGCCAAAACUCUGCUGCUUCCUGUGACUUUAAGCCACUAAUAGACAAGUAGGAAGAGGACAGGUCAUCAUACAUGUUCCUCAAGCAGCCAGCUUCUAGCUUAUCACCCCUCCCAUGUCCUCACACCCAUAAGCCUUUUCCACAAGCCUGCUACGAAGAAGACAGCAAGGAAGGAAAUCGUGGGAGGAAGAAGUUACUGGUGGGCUGCGACUUGCAAAGCACAAAUAAAGUUUGGAUUUGUUUCUUUGCCUUGUA